AUGGUUUCCAUACAGAUAAGCUACUCCCCGUGUUCGGCACCCUUCUCCAAUUCACUCUUACCACGCACUGACAGACACGAAAUACGUAAAUCUAUAUUUUUGCCUCUUUCUCAUUUCUUUCUUUCUUUCUUUCUUUCUUUCUUUCUUUCUUUCUUUUCUUUCUUUCUUUCUUUCCACAUUAACGAGCGAACCACUAACUCCACUCCCCACUGUUCCAUUCCUUAUAAAAACCUUUAUUUACUGGCCGUGACAUUUCUACGACAAUUUUAUUGUAUUCUUUUUAUUUUAUCUGCCUAUUUCGUCAUCCUAUUUUAUAUUUCUUUCAUUCUUUUUCUUCCAUUUUCUUUCUUCUUUUUUUGCUUUCUUUCUUCCUUAUUUUUCUUUAUUCACAUUUCGACGUUUUUAUUACUGCUUCUUCUUUUCUUUUUCUCUCUUUUGUUCUUCUUCCCUGUUUCUUUUCGUCUUUUUCUUUUUUCCUUGUUUUCAGCGUUAAUCUAUUUUUCUUUCCCCUUUUCUCAUUCCUUCGCCUUUUCCGUCCAAAUAUUCUUUGAAUUUGAGUCUCUUCUGUGUCUUUCCUCAUCCUCUUUCAUUAUUUUCUUUCUUGAUGUUUUUUCUUUGCCUUCUCCCCGCUUUCUUUACUUUCUACUUCUUUCUUUCCUUUCCUCAUUUUCGUUCCUCUUUACUUCCUCUUUAUUUCUUUCACGGCUUGCGCGUCAUCUUUUAAUACAGUUACUUUAUUCGUUCAGUCAUUUCUUUCUCUCUAUUCUCUCUCUCUCUCCCUGUCUCCUCUUCUUUCUUCUCAUUUGUUUAGUUUUUUCUCUAUUUUCUUUUUCUCAUCUUCAAUCCUUUAAUAAAACCUUUUCUUCUUUGCGAUAUCAAAAGACAAAUAAUUACUUUUCUCUACCGCUUUCAAUUUAA